AUGCCGCUCGCCAAUUUUCUCACUUACAGCGCCGGGUAUGUUCCGGCAGCAGAUGUUGAAGCACAGCGCAGAUGCUACGACUACCUUAAGGAAACAAUCGCUAUGCUCAAAGAGAGAGUAGGCACUCCGAAGGAACAGGAAAAUGAUAAGUCACAACUCUCUCUGCUCAAGGAUCUGGCCUCUGUCACCGACGUAGCUUCUGGUUCUCGCCGAUAUAAGCGCGCCCAUACGUUCUGGACUUACUGGGACAAAAGCAAAGACCGAAUAAUUCGCAUACACGAGAGCACGUCGGACAAUGAGGAGAUCUUGACCCAGAUUGGAAUUCUUGAAGACGGCCGCUAUUACAACGAGUAG